UGUUCAGCACUUUGUCAGCAGCGGUCCUCCACCAUUUCGCUGCGUAAAGUCUCCUCCCCGCAAUCGCUACAUUCUGCGCCGAACCCACUCUCUCCCGGUCCGUAUUUUAACUUCUUCUCAGAUACCUACUUGUACCUCGUUGGGUACCGGGAGACAGUUUGGAUUAUUAGCAUUACGGAUUGAGUACGAUUUCAUGCGGAUGACGACUUCUUCAACAAGAAUUUAGUAAAAGAAAAUUGGUCGGAAAUUUCAGAAUAUGUGGAGGGGAUCUUAAUGUCAGCAUCCUGGAAGUAGAAAGCACAGAAGAUCUGUGUGUGACACCACAGACAGGGGCAGAGUGUAGCCGAGGCGACGCAGGGGGAGGAAGCUCCCGGGGGGAGGUGGUGCAGCGGCACGACCCCCCGGCUGUGGAUGUGCUAGGUGUCGACCCUCUGGCUGCACAGAAUGUGGCUGGGUUGUCACCUCAGCAUGCCCCGCAGCCGGUCGCAGCUGCCCCCUUCCCAGCCCCACUGUUGGUCCACGCGCCCACGCUGCCCACGCCAGAGAGCGACGUCCCGGCGGCCCUCGGUGCGGAGAGGGACCCUGCGUCCAACACACCCCACACUGUUUCCCAAGGCUCUGAGGAAGGCCUUCCAGAAGAGCGGCUCAAGGCUUCUCCGGAGAGCGUCCAAGGUGGAGGCUCCGCUCCAAUACCCCCCUCUGAGAACUGCAGCCCCUCUGCCGGCCUGCAGAGGAGCCCCCCUCCCCUCACGCCUCCACCUCCUACCCCGUCGUCAGGCAUACAGACUGACGCCACAGGGCAAGAGCUCCACUACGGGUUACAAACUGAGACAGAAAUCUGCCAGUCAGAGUGUGGUGAAACCCAGACCGAGCCAGCGGGAGAGGCUGGUGGACUGCUGGUUAUUACAGAGGCAGAGGCGGGACCAGUGGCCUCAGCCAGGGACAUUAUGGAAUAUAACUCAGAGACUAGACCAGACCAGUCACUCUGUGGAGGAGAGCACACAAUCACAGACAACCUCCCACAAGCCCCCUCUCCACCCUGUCCCAGCGCUUCCUCCCCUGACCGCCAACGCUGCGUUGCAAACCUUUCACUCCAGGACGCCGUUAUGGAGCAGUCCACAACGGCCGCCCAACAAACUGACGCCCCGACGUCGCAGCCGCAAAUCAUCAGCCAGGGCCCUAGCGGUGCCGGGGAACCGACUGGAGGUGUUGGAUCCAUGUCGGUCGGGAUACAAGAGCACGCCACGGAACUUUCAGACUCCGCUCAUAAACAAACACUAUCUCAGCCUCCCUCGUCGGAGGUACUUGAGAAUGCCGGGCCGGGAGAAACGGUGUCCGGGGCGGAGCCGUGUGCCGGUGAACAGAGCACCGCCUCCGUCAGCACGGCCGAGGUGGAGCCAGCGGAGAGCAGCGGCACCGUGGACACCUAUAGUGUAGUCUCCUUCACGUCGGCGGGCUAUGCGUUGCAAAUACAGCCCCCUUCUGCACCCAAUGUCCUCCACCCGGACCCGGCGGGCUCCAGCCAGGCGGAGGCGUUUGUUGAACUAGGGUCCGCUGCCCUGGCGGACCAGAUCUCCACGGUGGAUGUGCCAAUGAUCUCAGAGAUGGUGCAUUCGUCGGAAACUCAGAGGAUCGUGAUCGUCGGGGACCCGUCCCACCUCGGUGGGGAUUGGUCGGAGAUGCACGUCAAUCAGAGCUACCUAGUCCAACAGGAGGACGGCAGCAUCUGCGAGGCCUCCGUGGUCAACGACCUGUCCUCUGGCCAGCCCAAGCUCUACGGAGAGGGCCUCCAGCUGGACUCCCAGCCCGUCGUCUAUGAGAUCUGCAGCCUGGUUGAGGGCGUAGCCGAGGAGACGAUCUGCGUCAGCAGCACCGUGCAGCCCCACUCCCCGGGCUACGAGGUCAACUUGUUCAACGCGCUGCUGGAUCACUCUGAGGAGUACCCGGGAAAAGAGGGUCUGAGCCUGCACAUGGAGGCCCCCCUCUGCGGCGUGAGCGAAGCCGACGGCGUCCUGAUCGCCCAGCAGGCCUUCCCCUUGUCGGGGGCCUCCGCAGUGAUGAGCCACAACGUCUCCAUCUCGCACCCCGGCACGGCCGCCCUGGGCUCGCGCCUAGUGUCAGACAUUAGUCAGGCUGUCCAAGUGCCCGGCCUGAGUGAGCUGUGUGUCGUUACGGCCAGCAGUGAGCAGCACCCCUUGACCCCACGUCUGCCAGCCGACGCUGUUGUAUCGUACAUGGUGGAGGCCCCUUCUCUUCAGAUGGGUGGACCAGAACCGUCCGCUGGUUCCUCCGCUCUCGUUUCCCCCGUGCAGUUUGUCAUCCCGGAGGAGGUGGCUAUGGACUCGUCGCUCGCUGUUUCAAUUCAGACGGAUCCGCCACAGUGUCCGGGCGUCACUGUUGAAAACGCUGUGCAGCUGGGGGCCUGCGGGGCUCCUUCAGACGGAGGGACCAAAGACAAAUCAACUCUGAGCAGAGCCGCCACACCAGAGACUGCCUCCCCCGCCGUAAAUCGAAAGUUCCUCCCACACACUAAGUCUCCCCUCCUCGGACAGACACCUUCUGUUUUGUCGCAGGUGCCCGAGAUGCAGAACUCUGCUGAACACGUUCUUGCCAACGCCCACAGCCUCCGGGCGGGCUCGGUGUCUGAAGAGUGCCUUCCCAAGACCGUGUCGCUCACAGACCCGGUGCCAGAGACUGUUGCGGUUGGCUGCCAGAGCCAUCAGGCUCAGCGUCCCGUCAACAGGUCACCCGCCGCCGCACCUUCCACCGAGGCCUUGUGCCGACCUACAACUGAAAACGCCUGCCACGGAACCCUUCAUAGCAACUCGGACAAUGAGGCCUUAACUGCGGCAGAACCCUCGACAGGGAGGCAACUACCUGGACUCCUAAAUGUUGCCUCCUCUAAAAGCACCGCCGCUCCGAGCGCCCCCCAGUCCCACGGUGCGUCACCGGCUACGUUGGAAGCAAAGGCCCCCUCCCUCACUGCCCAGGAGCGUCCUGACGCCCAGUCCUACUUCCUCUGUGAGGGUGAGGAGAUGGAGCAGGAAGGCUCCCCUGAAGAAGCCCCGUCCCAGGAACCCGCCUCGGGGGAGGCCAGCAGUGAAGAGGAGGGCAGCGAGGAGGAGGAGGAAGAGUCGGAGUGCGACAAGACAGAUUACGGGAUAACCACUCCGAGCCCGGCCAACCAGGUUCGACGGUGGAUAGCGGACCGGGUCGUGGCCAGCGCCUCGCCCGCCUCGCCCUUCUCCUCCUCCCCGUCGCCGGGUCCCUCGUCGGCCAGCGACUGGUCAACCCCGCGAGAGAGGGCCUCGCUUCUCCGGGGCCCCCACGGCAAGUUCCUCUCCCCCAGCUGCUCGUCGUCCCCGACAGACCAGACCACCCCCCACCGGCCCCGCGGAGAGAAGGACAUGGCGGAGCGGGCCAAACACGAAGCAGACAUCGAGCACCGCAGCCAGUCCCUGAAGAAGGAGGGCUACUGGUCCACCAAGCGUCUGACCCGUCUGACGGAGCCUGUCCGGCCCAAGGUCCACUGGGACUACCUCUGUGAGGAAAUGCAGUGGCUCUCUGCUGACUUUGCCCAGGAGAGGCGCUGGAAGAGAGGGGUGGCCAGGAAGGUGGUGCGCAUGGUGAUGAGAUACCACGAGGAUCUGAGGCAGAAGGAGGAGAAGGCCAAGAGAGACGAGCACUCCAAAGUCCGACGGAUCGCCUCCUCCAUUGCCAAGGAGGUCCGGGCCUUUUGGAGCAGUGUUGAGAAGGUGGUGCAGUACAAGCAGCAGUCCAGACUGGAGGAGAAGAGGAAAAAGGCUUUGGACCUUCAGCUGGACUUCAUCGUGGGCCAGACUGAGAAGUACUCAGACCUCCUCAGCCAGUCCCUGGCCCCUGCAGCGCCAACGGAGACCCCAGACGUGCAACCAAAGAAACCUUUUCCCACGGCCGGAGAAGACGACGGCGACCGAGACUUUGAGCCCCCUGGUGAGGAGGAGGAUGACGAGGAGACCAUCGACGUGGAGGAGCAGCAGGAGGGCAACGACGCAGAGAGCCAGCAGAGGGAGAUCGAGCUGCUGAAGCAAGAAGGAGAGCUUCCCCUGGAGGACCUCCUACGCAUGCUCAAGGGCCCUGCGGACUCGGCCUCCGAGGAGGGCUCGGAUGACAACUCCACCUCAGUCGAGGAGGAAGAUGGGGAGUUUAAUGCCAACGAAGAGGAUGCAGAGGAUCAGGAGGACACCAUCGAUGCCCAAGAGAAGGUGGAGGGCACCGUGGACCAUGCAGAAGAACUGGACGACCUGGCAAAAGAAGGUGACAUGAGCAUGGAUGAGCUUCUGGAGAAGUACAAGGGGGCCUACACGUCAGACUUUGAGGAGCCCUCUGCCUCGGCCUCUAAAGCCAGCUCGGACUCUGAGGUAUCCGGGGACGACGAAGUAGAGACGGAGGAAGAUGAGAGCGAUGCGGAAACUAACUCCUCCUCUUCAGAUUCACCAGAAGACAGCGAGGAAGAGGACAGUGAGAAGGACGAGGAGCAGAGUGAUGAGGAAGAGGAGGAUGAAGAGGAGGGUAGUGACGAGGACAGCUGUGGGGAUGAGGGCAUGGAGGUCCUGCUCAAAGAGGGAGACAACAGCCCUCCGUCCGCCGGCUCCAGACCCAAGAAGGAGAUCAGCCACAUUGCUGCUACUGCCGAGAGCCUGCAACCCAAAGGCUACACGCUGGCCACCACUAAGGUCAAGACGCCCAUCCCUUUUCUCCUGGACGGCACCUUGCGUGAAUACCAGCACAUCGGCCUGGACUGGCUGGUCACCAUGUACGAGAAGAAGCUCAACGGCAUUCUGGCUGACGAGAUGGGCUUGGGCAAGACCAUUCAGACCAUAGCUCUGCUUGCCCACCUGGCCUGUGAGAAAGGCAACUGGGGCCCUCACCUCAUCAUCGUCCCCACGAGUGUGAUGUUGAACUGGGAGAUGGAGCUGAAACGCUGGUGUCCUGGUUUCAAGAUCCUCACUUACUUUGGCAGUCAGAAGGAACGCAAGAUGAAGAGACAGGGAUGGACCAAGCCUAAUGCGUUCCACGUGUGCGUCACGUCCUACAAGCUGGUUCUUCAGGAUCACCAGGCGUUCCGACGCAAGUCCUGGCGCUACCUGAUCCUGGAUGAGGCCCAGAACAUCAAGAACUUCAAGUCCCAGCGCUGGCAGAGCCUUCUCAAUUUCAACAGCCACAGGAGACUGCUGCUGACGGGGACGCCCCUGCAGAACAGCCUGAUGGAGCUGUGGUCCCUGAUGCACUUCCUCAUGCCCCACGUGUUCCAGUCCCACCGCGAGUUCAAGGAGUGGUUCUCCAACCCGCUGACGGGGAUGAUCGAGGGCAGCCAGGAGUACAACGAGGGCCUGAUCAAGAGGCUGCACAAGGUGCUGAGGCCCUUCCUGCUGCGCAGGAUCAAGGUGGACGUGGAGAAGCAGAUGCCCAAGAAGUACGAGCACGUGGUGCGCUGCCGCCUGUCCAAGAGGCAGCGCUUCCUCUACGACGACUUCAUGGCGCAGGCAGCAGUACGGGAAACCCUGGCCAGCGGACACUUCAUGUCAGUGAUCAACAUCCUGAUGCAGCUCCGUAAGGUGUGCAACCACCCCAACCUGUUUGACCCGCGGCCCAUCCAGUCCCCCUUCAUCACCAAGCCCAUCGUGUUCCGCACGGCCUCCCUGGUGCAGGACGUGCUGGAGGUCUCUCCUCUGAAGCGCUGUGACCUGUCCAUGUUCGACCUCCUGGGCUUAGAGGGACGGGUCUCUCGGUACCGGGCCGACGUCUUCAUGCCCCGUCACAAAGUGGGCCGGCAGCUCAUCCAGGAGAUCAUGGAGCCUCCGGAGCCGCCCCCGAGACCCAAACCAGUGCGCAUGAAGGUCAACAGGACUCUCCAACCGCCGCCCAAGACGGACAGUCGGCCGGUUCUGCUCAUGAACAAGCCCACCUGCCCGGUGCCGCCUGCCGCGCAGACCCCUAAAGCCCCCAGCGUCGCCGAGACCCCCCCACCACCGGCCCCCGUGGUCCAACAAGUUGUGUGUUCAGUGGCCACCACGCCGCCACCUCCGCGCCCACUAGUGCACCCCAACCCCCAGACGGCGGUGAGGUCCAGUGGCCCCCGGCCCAUCCUCACCGUCAGGGCCCCCAGCGCCCCCGGGGCCCCCAGCGUGCCGGCCCAGCCCACCCCCAUCCCCAGCCAGGUCCUGCCCCAGAGGGUGCUGCUCAGUCCUGACAUGCAGGCCCGGCUGCCCUCUGGUGAGGUAGUGAGCAUUGCCCAGCUGGCCUCCCUGGCCGGCCGGCCCAUGUCAUCGUGUCAGGGCAGUAAACCGGUCACCUUCCAGCUCCAGGGCAACAAGCUGACUCUGUCUGGAGCUCAGAUCCACCAUGUCCCAAUGGCACCACCACGCCAAGUACAAGGUAAUGUGAUGCACCUGGUGUCCAGUGGGGGGCAGCACCACCUGAUCAGCCAGCCGGCCCAGGUGGCUGUCCUCAGCACAGCCAGCACACACCCUGUUCACACCUCUCCAGCUCCCAUUGGGACCCAGCUGCCUCUCAGUGUCUCCUCUCAAGUGACCUCCUCCAUGGUGAGCAGCCCUGGCAUCGUGAAGAUCGUCGUGCGCCAGGCCACCGGCAAGGAGGGCGGGACGGUGCCCACCCUGGCCGUCGCCCCCUCGCCCCGCGUGGCCCCCCUGCAGUUCACCCCCGUCAGGACUCCCCUGACGGUCUCCCAUCGCACCCCUGGACCCGCCACCGCCACCUACACCAUGGCCCCCCCCAGGAUCCCCAGCGCCUCCCCGGCCCUGCCCCAGCCCCCCCGCACCAUCCUGAAGGUGGUGCAGGCCCCCCCGCCCCCCGUGGUGCAGUCAGCUCCCGUCCUGGUGACCCCUUCAUCGUCAUCCUCGUCGCCCUCGAUGGCCUCCACCUCUACCUCCAAGUCUUCAGCAGUGGCACCGCGGGACACCAGCGUCGGCAGCAAGCCCGCCCCCCCUCCCAAAGCCAGCCCGGCCUCACGAGCCCCCCCCUGGCCGAGGGUCCCCACCCGUGCGCCUCGUCGCUCCCUUUUCUACUUGCCCUCGCUGGCAGAGCUCCGUGAAGAACAGCACCGCAGCAAGCUGGACUUCCUGUCCCGGGUCAACGACCUCCACUGCGGAGCCAGGCCCAUCUACGGUCUGGAGGUCCUCGACUUCCUGACCUUCCUCCCGGGCUCCAAGCCCUCUCCGGCCCCCGUGGGCCCCCUGGGGGAGUGGGGGCGGUCGGGCCACACGGCCUGCCUGUUGGCCCAGUCCCAUCACCACGCGGACCACUGGGUCCAGAGCCGGGCCCUGAAGGAGGCCAUCCACAGCCCCGAGCAGAGGCUCAACCUGCUCUACCACAUGAUCGACCGGUUCACCUUUGUGAUCCCCCCGGUGGAGGCGGCCCCCAUCACCAUGCACUGCUGCCACCCGCCCCCCUCGCUGAGCCACAAGCAGGUCGUCUUCUCCUCGGCCCUGUCCACGCAGCUCGCCCCGCUCACGCGCAACCUGCACCGCAUCCAGUGCAACAUGCGGACCCACUUCCCCGACCUGAGGCUCAUCCAGUACGACUGUGGCAAGCUGCAGACCCUCCACACGCUGCUGCGGCGGCUGAAGACGGGCGGCCACCGGGUGCUCAUCUUCACCCAGAUGACGCGGAUGCUGGACGUGCUGGAGCAGUUCCUCAACUACCACGGACACAUCUACCUGCGUCUGGACGGCAGCACCCGCGUGGAGAUGAGACAGUCCCUGAUGGAGCGCUUCAACAACGACCGCCGCAUCUUCUGCUUCAUCCUGUCCACGCGCAGCGGCGGCGUGGGGGUCAACCUGACGGGCGCCGACACCGUGGUGUUCUACGACAGCGACUGGAACCCCACCAUGGACGCCCAGGCCCAGGACCGCUGCCACCGCAUCGGCCAGACCAGAGACGUGCACAUCUACCGAUUGAUAAGCGAGCGCACGGUGGAGGAGAACAUCCUGAAGAAGGCCAAUCAGAAGAGGAUGCUGGGAGACAUGGCCAUCGACGGGGGAAACUUCACCACGGCGUUCUUCAAAGAGCAAACCAUCCGGGAGCUGUUUGACGUGAACGAGGGGGAGAAGAAGGAGGCGGUGGCCGAGGUGGUGGUGGUGGCGGCCCCCCAGCCGGAUGACGACGAGUCGGCCCACAAGCAGAGCACCACCAUCCUGGAGCAGGCCCUCUGUCGCGCUGAGGACGAGGAGGACAUCGUAGCCGCCUCCCAGGCCAAGGCGGAGCAGGUGGCGGAACUGGCGGAGUUCAACGAGAACAUCCCAUUGGACGACGGAGGGGACCAGGAGGAAGUGGAGGAGCUUUCCAAGGCGGAGCAGGAAAUAGCCGCGCUGGUGGAGCAGCUCACUCCCAUAGAGCGCUAUGCAAUGAACUUCCUGGAGGCGUCCUUGGAAGACGUGUGUAAAGAGGAGCUGAAGCAAGCGGAGGAACAAGUGGAGGCGGCCCGGAAGGGCCUGGACCAGGCCAAGGAGGAGGGCCUGAAGCACAACGCCUCCUCGGACGACGACGCGUCGUCGCCGCCCGCCUCCGCAGAGACCCCCGCGGUGACCCCCGCCCGCCGGGGCCGGAAGCCCAAAGACAAGAGCGCCACCUCCACCCGGACCAGCGGCCGGCUGCGCGGCGCGUCCCCGGAGCCCGAGCCCAGCCCGCCGCCGGCCCCCCGAGAAGUGCCUGAGAGACCCCGCUCCGGCCUGAGAGGCCGACCGCCGUCCAAAGACUCGGCGGCGGCGGCGGCGGCUGCUGCUGCUGCUGCUUCCCCCCCCAGCACCAGCACUGCUAGCCCGACCCGCGCAGACCCCAACACUAAGAGCCCCGCCUCCUCCAAACACGCUAAAGACUCCUCCCCCACCAGAGAGCCCACUAAAGGCAGGACUCUGAACCGCGCCGUCUCCGGCCCAGUGCCUUCCCCUGCCCCCUCGUCCCCGGCCAAGGGGAGACCCCAAACCGACGGGCCGACAGAGGGUCAGCGUUCUGCCGCUCCGGAGCCCAGGGGUAAGGAGGAGAGGCCGGAGGAGCAGGUCACUACUGAGAGGGAGGAGCCCUGUAGUAAAGAGAAGCAGGCUAAUAAGGAGAAGGUGGCUAGCGAGGAGAAGGAGAAGGUGGCUAGUGAGGAGGAGAAGGGGGCUAGUAAGGAGGAGAAGGUUGCUAGCAAGGAAAAGGAGAAAGAGGAGAAGACGGGCACGAAAGAGAGGUCCAUGACAGAGGUCUCGCCAUUGGAGUCCAACUGCCCCGUGGACCACCAGAUGUACUCGGCCAGAGAGGACACCACGCACAUGGACGCCCUCGGUCCUAUUCCGGUCAGCUCCAGCUCCCGCUCGCCCCGCAAGCGGCAGUCUGCGGACGGGGAGGUCCUCAAGGGGCUGUCGGAGGACUCGCCCUCCGCCAAGGUCCUCCGGAAGCUCCCCGGCAGGCUGGUCACCGUGGUGACGGACAAGGAGCCACGCAAGAGGCGGAGGCGGGCCAGCGGCACGGGCGGCCACGGCUCCUCGGAGGAGGCUGCCGAGGAGCAGACGGGGGGCUCCGCCUCUGAGCCCGGCCGAGACGCCGCCCCCCAGAGCCCCGAGAGCAAACCCAAAGGGCCCCCCGGCAAGGACAUGGACCACGGCCCCGCUCUCCCCACCCCCCAGCCUCGGGGCUACCACCCCUACUCCCCGCCCCACGCCUCUCCGGACAUGCCCGUGCUGAGGAACCUCCCCGUGCGGCGCCGGCUGGAGACGGAGUCCCGCAUGGCGGCCCAGCUCAGCGAGCAGCAGCACCAGCUGGGCCGCGGCCGGGGCGCCGGGGCGCCCAGGAAGACGGACACGCCGCCCGGCAGAGACCCCGCCGCCGCCGCCGCCGGGACGGCUCCCAGCGAGAACUCUGUCGCUGCUACGCCAGUGAAAAGGAAACGAGGAAGACCUCCUAAGACUCCUCCCUCGCCCUUAGUCCAGCCCUUGCCCCCGCCCCCCCCACCCAAGGCCGAGGCCAGCCCCACCAUCUCUCCCAAACGCAGGAGGGGGCGUCCCCGAAAGGACGCCUCACUUGUGGCAGACAUUACAGGACAGAAACCCAAUAACAAAACCACUGCCAGUCCUGAUCCAGGGUCGAAGACCGCCGCUCAGAAGCCUGGUAGCUCACAGGUUCAGUCGCCCCCCGCCAAGCCCCUCCCUGCCCCUCCAGUAAAGACUGUUGUUUACCCCAGUAAGGCUUCCCUGCCCUCCAAGCCCCUACCGUCCCCUCCAGUUGUUGGUCCCAUUAAGGCUUCCAUGCCCUCUAAGCCCCUACCCACCCCUCCGGCUCAGAGUGUUGUUGGCCCCAGUCAGGCUUCCCUCCCCUCUAAGCCCCUACCCCCCCCUACAGUAAAGACAGUUGAUGGCCCCAGUCAGGCUUCCAAGCCCCUGCCCACCCCUCCAGCAGAGACUGUUGUUGGCCCCAGUCAGGCUUCCCUCCCCUCUAAGCCCCUACCCCCCCCUACAGUAAAGACAGUUGAUGGCCCCAGUCAGGCUUCCAAGCCCCUGCCCACCCCUCCAGCAGAGACUGUUGUUGGCCCCAGUAAGGCUUCCCUCCCCUCUAAGCCCCUACCCCCCCCUCCAGUACAGAUUGUUGUUUGCCCCAGUCAGGCUUCCCUACCCUCUAAGCCCCUACCCCCCCCUCCAAUACAGAUUGUUGUUGGCCCCAGUCAGGCUUCCCUGCCCUCUAAGCUCCUACCCCCCCCUCCAUUACAGAUCGUUGUUGGCCCCAGUCAGGCUUCCCUGCCCUCUAAGCCCCUACCCCCCCCUCCAAUACAGAUUGUUGUUGGCCCCAGUCAGGCUUCCCUGCCCUCUAAGCCCCUAUCCACCGCUCCAGUAGAGACUGUCGUUGGCCCCAGUCAGGCUUCUCUUCCCUCCAAGUUGGAGAAAACAGAUACGAUGAACACAUCUGGUCCAGCAGCUUCUGUCCUCCAGCCAUCACCCAUCUACCCAUCCCCAAGAGAGCAGAAUCCCAAACCCAGCCCCACAAACUUGUCAGGUCCUGUCGCAGAGCCAGCCCGAUUGCCUGUGUUUGCUCCCCCUCCACCGUCAUCGACCCCACCAGCCUCUGAUCUGAUCACGACCACAGCGGUGCCAGCUACAGUUCCUAACAUCACUACAGCCUCAGCCGCCAUCCCAGCUGCUAAACAAGCGCUGACAGCUCCCACACCGUCUGAAGUUAACGGCGGCUCCACGACAAUAAAAACGUCCCCACCCAUUGAAAAAUCAAUGCCGGUAUCAACAACGUCAUCGUCAUCUACAACGGCCUCCACACCGGCCCCCAGACCAUUGCACGCUACACCUUCCGAUGUCACUUCAGUAGAAGUUACUUCAGAUGCUGCUGCUGUGUCGGCUCCUCCCACAAAAGGCUGUGUCACACUCUCAAAAACAAACUGUUCAGCGUUACCAGCGUGCCAGAGUACAUUUGUGAAAAACAUGGCCCCUUCCUCGGCCCAGCCUUCUGCAACACCGACGCCACCCUCUGGAUCUACAACCUCCACCUCCACACACCCAAUCAUGGAGACUGCCACGUCUACUGCACCACCUACUGAAGGCCCAGCCAGCGCAGUUAUGACUUCUGCUACUACCACCACCACCACCACCACCUCUUCGCCUACUUCAGGAACAUCACACACUGCCGCAAAGUCAUCAGCGGUCGAAAAGGCCAUCGCUAUCGCCCCUUCGUUGUCCACCGUGAAUCAAGUUACUGAACCUGCAGGUCCAACAACAACUGUCCCUGAGGAACCAAUCACCAACUAUCCACCAAAAAAAACAACUGAGGAGGCAGCAACUGCAGCCCCACUUACAACGCUCACACAAGCCACAUCCCUGGCCGAGCCUGUUAUGGUUAAUUCUCCAGCUUCUUCUACCGUUUCUCGGCAUACAAACAUCACCACCCAAGCAACCUCUGCAAAGACAACCACACCACCCCCUUCCUCAAAGGGAGUGGAAGAAGCAGAGCAGAGACCGGGGGGGACUUUAUCAACCUCCACUACUGUGGCCGCCACCCCUCAGGGGACUUCUAGCCCCGUGGCAGCGCAAGCCCCUCUGAAAUCAGCCUCAGCGUCUUCAUCUUCCACCGCAGAACCUACCACUGUCGCUAUGCCGACCGAGGUCUCGCCUAAUACCCAGGACACUCCAGCUACUGCUGCUGUACCCGGGUCCACAGAAACAGCAACUGGGAGAGUUCCUCGUCCCGCCACCGCCCCCGCAGUCGUCCCCUCUCCAGUGCAGAAGGAGGCCUCCCAUGGCGCACCACCGGAGGCAUCGGCGUCCGCCCAGACCGAGGGCCGGCCCCAGGGUCCCGCGCCGGCCCCCUCGGCUGACUGCUUGGCCCCUUCUCCACCAGAGCCAGUGUCCAAUAUGGAGUCUGAGAAGGAAGCCAGAAAGAACACCAACGCUGUUGAAGCCAACAUGGACAGCGGAGCUCCCCUUGAAGACGACAAGGCAGAGACUUCCAGCUCUCAGCCCGAGAAGAACGCCACGGAGUGUUCGGAGGCGAAGGCGCCCCCAGCGUCCCCCCGCCCAGAUUCCAAACCCACUGCAGGUGAUCCCAGGCGAGGGUCCAAGCAGGAGAGCGACGGAGACGAGAGGGCCUCGGGCACCAAGAGAUCCCAGAGUCGCCAGAGCAGCCGGGACUCGGCCCGCUCCUCCUCGCCGUCCUCGGGCUGCUCCACGGCCACGCUCACCCGCCGGGCGCACCACAGGAAGACCUACGAGAACCGGCACCCCACCAAGAAGAGGCGGCUGGACGCCUCCCCCGAGCCCGGGGGGAGGCAGCAGGAGAAGGCGCGGCCGGGCAGGGAGCAGGCCAAGAAGCACCCCGCUGCCUCGCAGAGGAGACCCUCCCGCUCGCCCUCCUCCUCCUCCUCCUCCUCCUCUUCGGACCGCUCCUCGGACCGGAAGGAGCACCGGCUCACCCGCUCGGCCAAGCGCGGGCUGCAGGGCCGCGGCGUCGGCGAUGGCAACCGGCCCAGGAAGAGGACCACCCGGAGCUCGGAGAGACGCAACGCCGCCGUGUCCACGGGCGGAGAGUCCGGCAGCGACGCGUCGUCGGGGAGGACCACCGGCAAGCACGUGAAGCCCCCGGCCAACAGCGUGCCCCCGGAGCCGGAAGUCCUGGGGAAGAGGUGCUCGGCCCUGAACGCGGCGGCCAAGCUGCUGGCCAUGAAGGGGCGGGUGGACACCCCCGGGCACACGCUGAGGAAAGACCCCAGGGCGGCCGGGAGCUCCCCGGCGGCUGACAAGAAGCCCAAAUCCAAAAGCUUACCGGCCACGCCCCAGACCAACUCUGUGAACAGCGGCAACAGCAGAGCCAGCGGCAACAACAGAGCCAGCGGCAGCAAGCCCUCCACGCCCGGCCAGUCGGGCCGCGCCUCGCGCUCCACCCGCCGCUGUCCCGGGUCCCUCCUGCCCCCCCUGGAGGGGACGGAGUACAAGAGGAGCCGGGGGAAGAAGGAGGGGAAGGAGGGCGAGUCGUCGCGGGGCCACAGCGCCUGCAGCAGCGGGAGCGGCGAGGGCGGCGGCGGCGGCGGCGGGCGCAGCAGCCGGAGCCGCAGCAGCAGCGGCAGCAGCCGGCGCUCGCCCAGCCUCAGCUCCCAGAGCACGGGCCCCCGGGGGUCCCGCUCCCGGGCCGCGUCCUCGGGCAGCGAGCACGAGCGCAGCUCGGAGCGCCGCUCCACGCGCAGAGACAGGAAGGACAGGGGCAGCCGCUCGGGGGAGGGCCGGCGGGAGAGCCGGCGCAGCAGCAGGCGGUCCCACAAGCUCUCCCAGGAGGCCAGCAGCAGCUCGGGGGCGGAGGGCACGCCGGACCGCGUGCUGCGGAGCGUGGCGGCGCUGGCGGCGGUGCACGCCCGCUCCCCGGCCGCCAGCACCCGCUCCUCGUUCAGCACCACCCGCUCCUCGUUCAGCAGCACGCUGUCCUCGGCUGCCAGCACCCGCUCCUCGUUCAGCAGCACGCAGUCCUCGGCCGGCCAGCAGCGCCACAACAAGACCUGACCGGGAGCGCCGCCGGGAACAUCACACGCCUAGAGGAAAGGGGAGGGUGCUGCUCCGGGGCAGCGCGGGGAGCGCAUGACACGACCUCCACGACGUUGCCGCUUUUUGUUUUUCGCUACGAAAUAAAAGCGCGAGAGUACUGUGACAGCGUCCACGCCAGCGGGUCUCCCCGUCUCUUGGGUCUCCCCCCCUCCCAUCGGGAGCUGGUCUCCUCGCCAGUACGGCCAUCGUCUCCUGGGGGAUGGCUCAGAGAUGUCGGACUCAUGGGGGGGAACAAAAAGAAGACUUUAACAGAAGGCGCCCUGCGUGGGGUCGGUAGUGGGGAGCACUGCUCGGGGGGGGGGGUCAGACGGUGGUUGGACACGCCCCUGGGGGGGUGGGUUGAAUACGAGUGAGGUGAUAAAACACAAGUUGUUGUGGAUUCACACUUAAGUACUGUAAUCAUUUAAAAGACUGGAAAAAAAUACUCAAGUGUUAAAGGUGGGAUUAACUUGCACCCUCCGACGGGGUUAUUAAUGAAAGAUCGUUUGUGCAACAAACAAGAAAAAUACUUUUUCAGAGAGCAGAUGUCUUGUAAGUUGAAAGUUUUAGACGGUUGGGUUCUGAAAUAUUUGUUGGCUGUUGGGACUAUUGUUUUGUAGUCUGUUGAUAAGUUAUGGAUAUUUUAUUAUUUCUUCCAGGGUAUCGGGAAGAGAAUCGAUCUGUAAAUGUGAUCUUUUCUGCACUAUGCUGGAGCUUGUCCUUAACGGGGGGGUGGGGGGGCUUUUGUUUUGUUUCUUCUUGCUUUCCAUGUUUUGGUCCUGUCAUUUUAAAUCCAGCCUUGCAUUUAUUCUUUGCACAUCUGAUAAAUGGCCCCAUCGCUUCUGACGUUUUUUUUUUUUUUUUAAAGCAGCCUCAAUCAUCUGCUACAUAACUGGGACCUCGCAAUGCAUUUCAGAGCCCUGAGCGUCUCCAACCCAACUCAAUUUCCAGGUAUUAUUUUGGCUCCCUUGGACUGCAGGCAUGCAACAGGAUCAUGGUCUUCUUUUUUGCUUUUUCUUAAGUUUCCCAAGUUCUAUUAUGGUCAACCUGGUUUUGAACUGAUUCUGAAAAAGAGGGCCAUGAAUCAUUAUUGACUAAGAGUGCCUGUAUGGCCAAAAGCGUUAUGAACCUCGAUUUGCCUUCUGAAACUCUUGAACGUGUGGGCGGCGAACACUAGAAGCUAUUUGCUUAAAAAUGAAACGUCCCCCUACAAACAAACAAGGAUGUGCAACCAAAUCUUAUUUUUCUUUACUUUUUAUUCUUUUCCAUCUGAUACUGUACUGUUGCCAUGAAUUCAUUGCUCUUUCCUGUAAUGAACCUCAACAAAAUAUGUGAAUAAAAUACUGGUACAGUUCCAGAUAACAAUGUAAAUGGUCAAUUCACGUUGACUGGUUUUUGUCUAAAUAAUUUUGGGGCAGGGUGCUAUUUUGAGGGAAUGGGUAGUUUAUGGUGAUGGUCUAAUCUUGAUUUCGUUUGUUACAUUCCUUUUUGUUCCCUUGUAAUUCCACAUCGUUUUACUUGAAUUAUUGAAAAGAGAGUUGAAUAAAAAGACCAAAAGUUUACUGUU